GCUGCCCGGACACUCAGGAAUGUUGUAGCCGCGCGGCUAAUUAGCUCGCUAGCGUUAGCCCCGACACGAAGUUCACGUUGAGACGAAGAAAGUAAAAACGAGUUUAAAGGUCUGCUCAUGAAGCCAUGCUAAUAAACAUCAUCCUCUUGCGGUGAGCUGCCUGGUGGACAGUCGGAGGCGUCAUGGCGGAGCUGCCUAUUGCCCCAGGACAGGUCUACAUCGAGGUGGAGUAUGACUAUGAGUACAAGUCCAAGGACCGCCUCAUCAACAUCCGGCAGGGGGAAUGCUACAUGCUGGUCAAGAAAACCAAUGAGGACUGGUGGCAAGUGAGAAAAGAGGAGGGGACUAAAGCUUUUUAUGUACCUGCUCAGUACGUCCGAGAGGUCCGCAAAGCUCUCAUGCCACCUCUCAAACCCAUCCCACAUCCUCCUGCCGCCACCGGCAACGCACCUCCCCAAAGUGGGGGUGCGCUCUGGGUAAGGCCAACCAACCUGGAGCUGGGACUCCAGGAUCAUCCUGCUGAGAACCUUCACAGACACGAGUCCAACUAUCGACGAUCACCCUCGGCUCAAACUGCCUCUUCGGGGCACUUCAGUCCCCCCAGCCAGCGCAGGGACAGCUCCCAGCGUCACGCCCCCUCCAGCCCCACCACCCCCACAGAACACGACCGAGCUCUGCACGACAUUCUGGUCCAAGGUGGAGGUGCCCAGCCGGGCCACAGAGGAAGCUCCAGCACUCUCCCACGUUCCAGAGCUCGAUCCCCAGAUAUGGCCAGGGCGCCGCUGGACGUGGACAGCACCCAACACUUUGACUCUGCAGAGGAAGAGAGACGCACAAACGACUCUGAGUCUGGAGACGAACUGAGCAGCUCCUCCACUGAACAUCUCCAGGUAAAAACAGGCCAACUCAAAAAUCUGUGUCAGGGCUUCUUUUCACACACGUGA